GGGCGCUGCCCGUCGCCCCGCGCCGCUCCCCUCUAUGAGGCCAUAGGGCGCGCGGCGGGGCAGGGCUCACCAUGUCGAUGCUCCCGACUUUUGGCUUCACCCAAGAGCAAGUGGCCUGCGUCUGCGAGGUGCUCCAGCAAGGCGGCAACAUCGAGCGGCUGGGGCGGUUCCUCUGGUCCCUCCCUGCCUGCGAGCACCUCCACAAGAACGAGAGCGUCCUGAAGGCCAAGGCGGUGGUGGCUUUCCACCGGGGCAACUUCCGCGAGCUCUACAAGAUUCUAGAGAGCCACCAGUUCUCGGCACACAACCACCCCAAGCUGCAGCAGCUCUGGCUGAAGGCGCACUACAUCGAGGCGGAGAAGCUCCGGGGGCGACCCCUAGGGGCGGUGGGCAAGUACCGGGUGCGCCGCAAGUUCCCGCUGCCCCGCUCCAUCUGGGACGGCGAGGAGACAAGCUACUGCUUCAAGGAGAAGAGCCGCAGCGUCCUCCGCGAGUGGUACGCCCACAACCCCUACCCGUCUCCCCGCGAGAAGCGGGAGCUGGCCGAGGCCACCGGCCUCACCACCACCCAGGUCAGCAACUGGUUCAAGAACCGCCGGCAGCGGGACCGCGCCGCCGAGGCCAAGGAAAGGGAAAACAACGAGAAUUCCAACUCCAACAGCCACAACCCGCUUUCGGCGUCAAUGAACGGGAAUAAGACAGUUUUGGGGAGCUCAGAGGACGAGAAGACGCCGUCAGGGACCCCGGAUCACACCUCCUCCAGCCCCGCGUUGCUGCUUAGCUCCAACCCCGGGCUGCAGCCCCUGCACGGCCUGGGCCACCCGCAGGGCCCCAGCGCCAUCCCCGUGCCCAGCGCCGACCCCAUGCACCACCACAGCUUGCAGGACUCCAUCCUCAACCCCAUGUCAUCUAACCUGGUAGAUCUGGGCUCUUAAAACAGUGUACAUGCUCCCUCCUUGGCACCAGCCCUCCUUUACUCUAUUUUUUUUCCUUUUUUUUCUUUCCUUUUUUUUCUCCCCCCUUCAUCUUACCAGAGACUUUGAAAGAGAUGACAAACACCUUAGUGGAUGUGUUGUGCCCUUUGGCAGAAGGCUGGCUGCAGGUUUGCAAGGUAGCAGACUCAACUGUGGGCAGUGAUGUUGUGAAAAGCCUUAAGAGUUGUUUACGGGGGUCUCAGGACUGUAAUGACUAUUGGACAGGAGCUGUGAUUUUUCACGGCAGGCUGUAAGGGGAUCGGUUUAGCAGCUCUUUCCAGCCUUAAUUUCACGAAUCUCUCAGUGGUGUCACUCGAUCGGGCCGGUCUGUGUGGGAAGAGGCACAAUGUAAUAUUUUUUUGGGGGGUGUGGGGAGGAAAGUGGAACGCAAGGCUGCUGUUGUCAUGCCUGUUUGGAAGUUACACAUCUCUCCCGUUAUUCUAUUGUAGCUAUGUAUCCGUGGCAGGUGUAUGAUGUACAAUUUCAACUAAGAAUACAAAAGUUGUAGUCAAGUUAUAGCAGCAACACGCGCUCUAGGCAGACUCUGUAACCUUCUUGUAGCUGAUGCUAUGCAGAGAGACAGCUUCUUUGGCCUUGUCCAUGUGGUGCUUUAGCCAUUUGCUGUGUGGAAAAGGAAGUGGUGGCCCGGCUCUGGCCCGGAGGAAGGCAGAGACAGAAUUCCCCCCUCUGUGUGCAAAGUGGGCAGGAGCUGGCUUUAAAAGGAAAAGAGGAAUUGCUGCUCAAGUUUAGACCUAAACGACAGUAUCAACCACAAGUCACUCACCUUAGUUUUGUUUCUUGUUUAUAUUAUGUGAAUACAUUCUUUGGAAAAUAUUUCUGCUUUUAUUUUAUAAUAAAAAUUAGAAAUC